UCACACGGAGUCCGCUGUGGACACGGGUGAAGGUAGAGGUUGAAGGUAGAAGCAGUGACCAACUAGCACCAGCACCAGUGCCAGCACUUGCAUCUAGCAUGGCUGCUUCCAGCCCGGCCGGCACCAACGGAGGCCUGCCCGCCCAUGCCAUUGGUGUGACCACACAGGGUAAGGUCAAGUUGUAUGUGGGAUACGGCGCAAAGGUGCUUGCAGAGGGUCCAAUGCUUGAAAUCCGUGCUCGCGGACGGGCUGUGCCCAAGGCUGUCUCGGUUGCUGAGGCACUCAAACGGAAGAUACCGGGCCUGCAUCAGGUCUCCACCAUUGAGUCGCACAACGAUCAUCCGGCCAUGAUCAUCGUUCUGUCGAAGGACCCGCCUCUGGGCGCUCCUGAUCUGAUCGGCUAUCAGCACUCAGCUGACAAUGUGUGACAACUACCUACCGAGUGUCGCACGGGCUUCCUGCAGACUCCUGGAACUCUAGGCGCAAGCUUCCCUGUGAGCCUCGUCGCACGCAUGAUGCGUUUGGACUUGGGGCCUGACCUUGGGUAAAAGUCAGGACACGGA